CGCCGAAACCUUAGUGGCGAGGUGUGCAGUCUCACACACACACAUACGCACGCACGCACGCGCGCUGAAUAAAGAUUAAAAGGCAAGCGCGAGCUUCUGUAGCCGGUUUGCGUCAAAAAGUAAACACACCAGAAGAAGGAGGCAAACCUUCAUGGUGUUAGUUUCUGUGUAAGAAGCCUUUCGUUACAGACCGUUUUUUUUUAUUUAUGUAUUUUUCUUUUUAUUAUUAUUAUUAUUCUUGUUAUUCCGUCGGCACGAGGCGGCUGCGCGCGCGGAAAAAAUCAAACGCAGGUGUCAGCGUUUGUAGAGACUAAUUUUUACAUCAGCGUCGGCGCCGGGUUGUUGUUGUUGUUGUUGUUGUUGUUGGGGUGUUUUAAAACUCUGAGCCCCGUAAGGUGGUGCACAGCAUCCUGCAAGUCUCAUCAUGGCUUUCACAGUGAACCUGACCGGCCCGGCUCCCUGGGGCUUCAGAAUAUCUGGCGGGCGAGACUUCAAGAAGGCCAUAACAGUCUCCAAGGUGAACCCCGGCAGUAAAGCCGAUAAGGCGUCCCUUCAACCUGGCGACGUCAUCAUGGAAAUAAACGGAGAGAAUACCGGGGACAUGCUGAACGUAGAGGCGCAAAACAAAAUCAAGAGCUCCAAAACACAACUGCAGCUGUUAGUCGAGAGGCCACCCCCUUCAAGUCCCGGUCAGACCAAUGGGAUCAAUUCCACAGACCAACUGGUGGGCCGUUUCCAGGAAACCCUGCAUGUGCGAGAUGAGAACCAGAACUACAGAGAGUACUCCAUCUCCAGCCCUACAUCUUUCUCUCCAGGCCCAUACUCUCCAGAACCGCCCUCCAGCCCUGGGCGCAAGGGGGGCAGGAUCACACCCACCACGAAGAGCCCCGUUUUCCAUUCCUGGUCUUCUGAAGAGAAAAUUUCCAGCCACAGACUGUCCAGGCAACUUUCUCAGGAGAUUUCCGCAGUGGAGUUCCGCAGCAACUCUAUGUCCAGUCGAACUCCGACACCUCCUGAACGCUACUCGCCACACAGUCCCAUCGAAAGAGAGGUGCCCAUAUCUCCUCGCCGCAACAGCUCGGACUUUGCGAUGCAGCGGUUCGACCGUGAGUCAGAGGUGUACAAGAUGAUUCAGGAGAACAAGGAGUCACGUGCGGCUCCUCGCCAGUCCAACACCUUCAAAAUGCUGCAAGAAGUGUUGGAGGCUGAUGAGAAAGAGGCUGCGCUGAUGUUUCCAGGAAAGCUGUCCCCAACCCCACCGAAACCAGUGUCUUCUGUCGCUGGCGUCCAGAAAUACCACACCUGUGAAAAAUGCGGCAACAACAUUGUUACCCAGGCGGUGAGGAUCAUCGACGAUCGUUUCCGUCACCCCGACUGUUACACGUGCGCAGAUUGUGGCCUCAACCUGAAGAUGCGCGGCCACUUCUGGGUGGAAGACGAGCUGUUCUGCGAGAAGCACGCACGCCAACGCUAUCAGGGGCCCGGUGCGGGCUACCGCCACCCCGUCUCCCCUCACCACUGAGCCCUCCGCUCUCUCUCUCCCUCCAUCCUUCCUUCACCUCCCUCACUCCUUCCAGCACAGAGAGCACAGCGAAUCCUGAGUAACCUGCACAGAACACGCAGCAUUCCUUUUGCUUUAGAGGAAGAGCGCCCUCUACCUCUUUCAAGCUGCGUGCGAAGCUUGCUAGCUGUUGACUCUGGGAGGGGAUGACGAGGUGUAUAAACCAGUUCAGCAAUUAUCCUACACUUUAAACCUUCCCUGCAAAUUCAUCACAUUGUAUUAGGCUUCUCUAUUUUUUUUUUUUUUUUUUCCGUUUCAGUAUACACGAUCUCUCUUUAUCAUGGAUCCAUUUAAACAUCUUUCUAUGUUCGGUUUGGGUUUUCACGGAACCUGCUUCGGGACUUCGUAAUAGUCAUCACAGGAAAUGUAUAGUGCACACGGGACCGGUUUCCAUUGUGUGUUUGAGUGCAAGGUCGAAUUUAAGGGGUUUUUGAGUGAUUUAUCGCUUUCUUAUUAAUAAAAAAAAAAUAAAAAAGUAUUCACACGUACAAACACACUCAUUCUUGUACAAGCACAUCCAUGGAAUUCAGGGCUGCUCAAACCCCAGGCCCAAAAAUGAUUCAUGCAGCACAUUCCAGCCCGGUGACUUGAGUAGUAUGUUUUUGAGCAGCCCUGAUCUAUCCAUCCUUUUUCAUUUACUUUUUUCGUUUUCAUUCAUCUACAAGGGAAAUGAUUAUCAAAGCAAUACUAAGUAAUAAUGUUUGUGUAAAUAUGUGUAUUGUCUCUUUAAAUGAUUAUAAAUAUAUUAAAUAAUAGUAGACAGGGUUGUAUGUUUUUCUGUGCAUGUCAUUCUUCACACAAGACUUUGAUAUAUGACCGAAAUGAGAGAACGAAAAAGCCAGUUUAUUAUUAUUAUUAUUAUUAUUAUUAUUUUUUUUUUUUUUAUGUCCUGGCCUUCACACAAGUGGCAUAUUUUCAUAAACACAGAACUCCACCUCUGGUGACUUGUUUGAUGGAAAGAAAAAAAAAAAGAUUGUUGUGAAUUGUAAUGUUAGCUGUGCUUUCUUCACCUUUUUUUCCUUUUUCAAAUAUAAAGUUUACUGAUGUAAA